AUGGAAAAACUUAGAAAGAACAAACCAAACCUCAAUUUCGAUACAAAAUGGAAACCAGGGCUGACUGAACAAGGAGAGGACAUAGUAGGAAUGGCUCCAACACGCCAGACUACUGCAUUGAAUGAGGUGGUGCCUAUCAGAUGCAAAUUUGCUGUAUACAAGCCAACAGAAAAGAAUAAAAUUGCCUAUGUCGACUCUUCCGAGCUCGGCGAACGCGCGUGUAAAGGUUAUCUAAAAGACAUCCCUGAUUCAGGGCGCUUGGAUCUCGGGACUGGAAAACAGGGAUUCACAAGGGCGGACAGGGCCAAAGUUGGGAAGGUUGUCGGAUUUGACUGUGACCCGGAAACAGCUCCUAAUAGGUACCCUACUGGUGUCGUCUUGGUCACGUGGGAAGCCGGCGAAUUUAGGGUUAUGAAUCGAAGCGAUUUCCGCAAGAUAAUGACGAUGAAAUGCGCAGAUAAAAUGAUAGAAGAUUUUCAUAUAAAGAACGACCUACCAUUUAAGUUUUCCAAGAGAGUAAGCCAAGGACCAAUCUCCCGAAGCAGCUCCCGAAGCAACACACCAGAUCUUGCAUUCGAGAGUCACCUUGAGACUCGUCUUACACAAUUGGACAAUAAGUUGGCAAGCUAUGUGGAAAAGAGUGACCAGAAAUUAAAUGAUUUUAGAAAAGAAAUCGAUCUCAAAUUCGAGGCAAUGAUGACGGCUAUUACGCAGCAGUCCGAUAAAAAGUUCCAAACAAUUAUGGACGACUUCAAUGGAAAAUUCGUAGAGAUCCGGGAAGGGGUUAAGCUGUGA